CAGCGAGUGACCUCAGAAGAAGGUGACAGCGUGCCGGGGUGUGAGGGAAAACAUGGCGCUUCCCGGCGGGUCGGUUCGAGGACUCCUCAGUGCUGUGCUGCGGGGCUGCCUGAAUGCCGAGCAGAGCGUGCUGAGAGCUCUAGGGCUGCAGCCCAUGUCACCGGGUGAGAGGGCACAUCCCAUUGUAUUGUAGGAGCUAGAUAAUGCACUAUGUAUGGAGCCCAUGGCAUGGGGUAAUAACAUAAUCACUGAGCAUAACAAUCCACACUGACACUGCAGGGGCAGGAUCAAUACACCAAAACUGAUUCACUAAGCUAAAGUUGUUUUGGUGCCUAUGGUGUCCCUUUAAUCAUCUUACUGCAUUUUCAAACUUUAAAUUACAAUUAACUAAUUUAUUAAACUAAAGGAAUGUUAUUUCCUUAAAGGACCACUAUAGUGCCAGGAAAACAUACUCGUUUUCCUGGCACUAUAGUGCCGUGAGGGUGCCCCCACCCUCACGGCCCCCCUCCCGCCGGGAAACUGCUAUGUUUAUUUAAAAAAUGGGUUAACCCUAGCUGGACUUGGCACCCAGACCACUUGAUUAAGCUGAAGUGGUCUGGGUGCCUAGAGUGGUCCUUUAAUAUUUGGGGACAGAUUAUCCUAGUAUUCGCAGGUCAGAACCUUGCCUUCACAAAACUGGAACAUUUACAUCAUACAUAUUCAAGGGGUUCUAUAUGCACCUUAAGCAGUAUAACUGAAUAUAGUGCUUCUGUUAUAAAGUUUUUGGGUGUCACAUUUUUGGAUAAAAUUAUCGAACUGGAAGCAAAGCUGACAGGGUCUUCUUCAUUUAUAAAUAAUCUUUUUCUAUAAUUGUAAAGUGCUGCAGAAUGUCUGAAGUCAUACGUAGGCCUGAAAACUGCAACAUUUCCCAGAAACUGCCCAAUUAUAAUAUGCCGCCAUUUUGGCGCUUGUACUAUCCGUAUAAAUCCACUUGUUAGUGAUAUAUAAAUAAAAUAUUUGUGUAAGGGCACAUUUAUUAUACAAUAUAUUUGGAUAUAUAUGUGCAUAUAUUUAUCUAAUGCACAAGAACCAGCACACUCACUUUUCCAACUAAACAGCAAUGUUGAGAGAUUGUAUUAUCUUUUUUAAAAACACCUAAUCCUAUGUUUCGUGCUCAUAGUCCCUGGAUCAUCUUGUUCUUUCCCCUGUUCAUCUGGCCGUUCGGUAAAAUUUCACUUCACAUAUUAGGAGCUUCUUGUUCGACCACCGAACAAAUUACCAAACGCCAGACCACCCAUAUGUGGAGUGUGCCGCUCGUUAACCCCAAUAACCUCUGUUCACACUUCCCCUAACUACAAUAACAUGAACAUUCCAAGCGGUCGGCUGGGUGGCCGCCGUUCGUAUGUGUGAACACGUGGUGGCAGCCAUCUUUAGCCACGAACAGAGACAGCGGUGUUUGGUCGCCGAGUGCAUUGAAUUAAAAUUGGACACUCAACGGCGCGAAGACCACUGUGACUUCUACCCUCAGUUAUGUUACUGGGGAUUCAGACGAACAGAGUGGCGUUCGGGGGAGCAAACUCCCGAACAAGAUAAACAGAAUGUCUGCACGAACAGUUUAUGCCUUGUUUAUCGCCUAUUUGAUACUCCCGAAAGAGACCGACCGCACAGCCUAAUUUUAUGGAACCUUUUUGGGCAGGCACCUCGUGUGCGGUUGGUCUAACGUAUACCCCAUGUGGCGUUUCAGCUGCGUUCGUGGGAUCUGAGCGCUUUUUCAGAUAUAUUGGGUGCUCAGACCCAGGCUAUCCAGGGAUAUAGGACUUAAGGGGGUGUUUUGUGGGAAACUGUAUGUUUUGGGGUGAUUGUUAUUAUACAUGUCCUGGACAUGAGAGUUAGUAUAAUUAUGUUGUGUAUUUUGUCUCAGUCUUCUCUCAGGUCCAGUGGGGAAUGACCCUGGAAUAUGUAUCUGGAAACCCCUUGCAUGGGGAUACUCCUAAAAUGCCGUGUGUGGCUCCAUUAAAGUCAGUUAUACCCCCAGAGCUGAGUUGCUGGGGAGGAGGUGGGAGAUUCCUGGAGUAUUUUCCUGUGUUUGGAUGUUCCCUUGGAGUAUUUUACUUGUACCUGAGUGUAUGUUGGAGAAACCAGUGGAGGAGUGUCCCUGCUAGCACUAUGGCUCCGCUACAAACAGCAACUUCAAUGUUGACAGAUUGUAUUAGCUUGUAAGCUAAUACAAUCUGUCAACAUUGAAGUUGCUGUUUAGUGGAUAAGUGAGUGCGCUGGAUCUUGUAUAUUGUAUAAAUUGGCCCCCAGCAGCACCCCAUUUAUGCAUGUUCAGGUGAGUGCAGCCCCCUGGUUAUUUCUCUCUCUCUGGCAUGGAAACCAACCCAUAAUGCAGUACACACAAUAAAAGGCAUACCUUUCCACAGCUUGAGAAAUGCACCAAAAAGUCCCAAAACAACUGCAAACAAUUUCCAGAAUGGCUCCAAAACUCGAUGCAAAAGCCGCUCCAACACUUCCACACUCUACGCCACGUGGUACCCACAGGCUCAAGCAUGCAGGGGGCGGUGCUAUAAACCUCCUAGGUGCAAUGCAUCCUGGGGAAACUUGCUUUGUAUUGCGGAAAAAAAAAUGUAAACCGAGGCAUUAUUUUUAAUGGAUUUUCAUUUGUAAACCGAAAAUUAUGUUAACCGAGUAGUGGAUGCUGUGUGUGUUUGUGUAGUGUGUGUGUAGUGGAUGCAGUGUGUGUGUGUAGUGUGUGUGUAGUGGAUGCAGUGUGUAUUAGUGUAGUGUGUAUAUAAUGAAAGCACAGUGUUUGUGUAAUGUGUAUAGUGACUGCAGUGUGUGGGUAGUGUGCGUAAAGUGAAUGCAGUGUGUGUUUAAAGUGAAAGCUGUAUAUACUAAAUGCAAAGUGUGUGUAUUUGUGUAGUGUGUGUAUAGUGAAUGCAGUGUGUGUGUUUGUGUAGUGUGCAUUAUAUAAACACACUAUACCAACACUGCAUUAUAUACGCAGUGUUUGUGUAGUUUGUGUAUAUAAUGGAGUGUGUGUUUGUGUAUGUGUAUAUAAUGGAGUGUGUGUGUGUUUGUGUAGUGUAUGUGUAAUUGAGGGGUCAUUUUUGAUUACAUUCUUUUUUUUUUUAUAUAUAUAUAUUUAAUUAUUAUUAUUUUUUUUGGUCUCCCCUCCCUGCCUGUUGCCCGGCCAGGGAGGGGGGCUAUAGUAUUCCCUGGUGGUCCAGCGGCAUGUACUGAGCAGUGGGGGGCCCGCAGCAAGCGGUUACUUACCUCCCAGCAGCUCCUCCAGCUCCCCUGUGUAAAACUCGCGGCCAGCGUUCUGCGCAGAGCGUUGCCAUGGUAACCCGUGACAACGCUCUGACGGCCAUGGGUCUCGCGAGAUUUGACAUGGGAGCUGAAGGGAGCUGCUGGAAAAGUAAGUAAACGCUUGCUGCGGGCCCCCCAGGCUUGUAAUGAGCCCGGCGGCCCUGCUAUGUAUUAUCGUUAAUAUCGGUAUCUGAAUUGGCCGAUACCGAUAUUGACGAAAAUACCGAAUAUCGGCUGAUAAUAUCGGCCAGACCGAGAAUCGGUCGAUCCCAUAUAUAUAUAUAUAUAUAUAUAUAUAUAUAUAUAUAUAUAUAUAUAUAUAUAUAUAUAUAUAUAUAUAUAUAUAUAUAUAUAUAUAUAUAUUAUCUAAAUCUAAAAUUUCAUGCACAUUUUAGAUAUUUCAGUCAUAAAAUAUAGUGCUUUGUUUCGCAGGCUAUUUUAGCUGCUGUCCGUCCUCAGAAUACUCUUGCGACCCAUUUCUUGCUCUCCAUUAGUUUAAAGGGUAAUCCAGACGUGGACCCCUUGCUCACGGUGCCUAGAGAGAUAUCAGCUAUGCCUCACUGACGAUGCCUAACAAGGCUGAAACGAUUGUCUGGGGUUGCUGUAUCUCUCGUGCAGAGAGAACUUGCUGGCAUUUCGGAUCUGGACUGCCCGUAUGGGUGGGACCAGUCUGAUAUGCUUCAGAUAUGUUCUCUCUGUAAUGGCACAAGUUGAGCUAAAACUAGCUUGAGUUCUGAGCGGGGACCCACCGAAGGGCAGGCUAUUUUAGCUGCUGUCCGUCCUCAGAAUACUCUUGCGACCCAUUUCUUGCUCUCCAUUUGUUUCACAUUUAGUAGAAAAUGUACUCUUAUGUUUUAAUUUUCUAUUUCAUUCCAGCCCUAGCUGUACAAACCCCAUCAUCGCUCCCUGCCGCUGCAAUGGAUACAGAUAAUGGUGAAAGUGGGCCAAGCUUUCUUGAUAGCAUAUUUUGGAUGGCAGCACCAAAAAGCAGAAGAACAAUAGAGGUCAACCGGUGCCGACGAAGAAAUCCCAAUAAACUCAUAAAAGAGAAGGUAAAUACGUAUGUUUUGUUCAGAGUACUAAAUGAUGGGCUUGUCACAUUACUGUCAGCUUUAUUAAAGGGGCACUCAAAGCAACAUAAUCACGGCAGCUUGCUGCAGUGAUGGCGCCAUCCCUGGUUUAAUGCCAAGCCAUUUAGAAAAGAGGACUCCCUCAUCCAGUGCACUGAUGAUGUGGAAUUACCAUUUCUGAGUUUUCAUUGUCUGUUUCACUUAAUGUGGACGGAGGGUUAGCCCAGUGCUCUCUAUCUAUACCUUUCACAGAGCAGUUUAAAGUGGAACUGUCACCUCAGUUAUAUGGGCAUGUCCAAGCCUUCAUGAGAAGUCCAGGAGCAUCUGGACACAGAAAUGCAGAGAUAAGUAUGUUUUAUGCUUUGCUGCACUACUCACCGCAUUAAGUGCUUCAAGUGCAUUUUUUGGGUGAGAAAAAAAUACAAAUUAUUUCAGAGAAGAGUUUGCCACUCCAACAUUAAUGUUCGUUUUUGUUUCCUUUAAAUAAUUUGCUAUCUAUGCAUCCUUAAACCUAAUAAUACAUUUAUUUAUCCUUUAAAGGAACACUAUAGGGUCAGGAACACAAACAUGUAUUCCUGACCCUAAAGUGUUAAAAACACCAUCAAGCCCCCCUCCCCUACCCCCGUGACCCUCUAUAGUAUAAUCUUACUUUUGAUCCAGUCUGCUGUUGGCUCUGAUCUGCCUGCUUGGCUGCCAUCAUCAGAAGUGUUGAUCAAAAGCCAAUAACAAUGCUUUCCCAUAGGACUGGCUGAGACUGUCAAGCAGAGCCAGAACAAGCCAAACAAUACCCUGGCCAAUCAGCAUCUCCUCAUAGAGAUACAUUGAAUCAUUCUAUCUCUAUGAGGAAAGAUGAGUGUCUCCAUGCAUAGUGUGCAGCACUUCCACAGGAAGCACUUCUAGUAGCCAUCUGUGGAGUGGCCAGUGGUGGUAUCCCUAUGCUGUAAUGUGAACACUGCAUUUGCUCUAAAAAUAGUGUUUACUGCAAAAUGCCUGAAGUGAAUGAUUCUACUCUCCAGAACAAAUACAACAAGCUGUAGUUGUUCUGGUGACUAUUGUGUCCCAUUCAAAGACACCUAAAAUACUUGGAUUCCUUAUUAUUUUUUUUUUUUUUUAAACAGUGUGCUUGGUAGCUAAGGGGUUCAACAGACACAAAGCAACAUAACCACAAUAUUAAUGGGGCACUACAGUCACUAGAACAACUACAGUUUAAUGUAGUUGUUCUGGUGUGUAUAGUAUGUCCCUUCAAGCAUUUUAAUUUAAACACUGCCUUUUCAGAGAGCAGUGUUUACAUUACUACCUAGGAACACCUCUAGUGGCAGUCACUCAGACGACAAUCCUGGGUCAAUGCUGCACACUGUGCAGUGUCCCAUCCCCAUAGUUUAUGUAAAAUGGAGAAGUUAAUGGAGAAAUUAGAAGUUGUUUGGCAAAAAUCGGGGCUUUUCACGGAAUCCCCCACCCAUGCUCCCUUUUGCAAAAAUUUGGGAAGUGGUUAAACAGCCUUGGCCAGUUUGUGGUCUCUUGUGAAAAGCACUAAGACAUAUGCAGUAUGCUGAAUGUGCUUCAUUUGAAUUUACCUAAAGAUUACACAAUUAUAUUGGAUAUUCCAUUCCCAUGGCAUUCUCUCACUUUUGUCAAAAACUCACUUUAGUCAUCUUGUUGACUAAAGAGAGUAUUUAACCUUAUUUUUAAUGAUACUCAUGUCAUUUUCCUGUGUAUUUUUUAACUUUUUAUUCUUUCCAUUCCUUCAGGACAAUAUUGACAUGUGCCCAGAAUGUGGGCAUCUAAAACUAAAACAUGUGCUGUGUGGCUUCUGCUAUGCAAAAGUCAGCCAUGAGACCCUUAAAAUCAGAGAGGAGAUCAGGGCUAAGGAAGGCGGACCAUUCAACGUAUCCACAUUAGAAACAGUUGUGCUCUACCAAGGGGAUAUGCCACGUGCAGAAGAUUCAGAGAAAAGGAUCAUUGAAAGAAAUCGUAAACGGCCCUCGUGGUUUGCCUACUAAUAAUAUCUUUGCAGCUGUAGCUAUACAUCCAGUGUAGCUUUGGAAUAAACUUAAGAGGAACAGAAUGUAGCUUUAAAGGGACUGUGGACAUUUUUGAAGUUUGUUUAAAACACAUAUGAUCCAUUAAAGUUCUAAUAAAAGCUUGUUCUUGUAUCAGAGUUUCUGAAACCCUGUCCAUGUGCUUAUGUGCAUUGUGUACAGAUUGUGAAAGCAAUAAGAAUGAAGUCCAAAAUUAUUUAACAUCAAAACAUGAAUAAUAAAGCAAAUUAAUCCAUUCGUAUUUUGGAUAAGUAAAUCCUUGUACAUAUUUUUUUUUUUUCCUCUCUCGAUUUGAUGUAAUAUAUGUAUCACAAAAAUCUUAGCUCAGUGAAACUAAUGGAAACUCAUAGUAGGAGCUUCUGGCUGCAACCAGCACUUGGUAGAUCCACUGUCAAGUUGUCAUACCAUUUGCAAACUAUAGUCCCAUGGCUAAAUUUCAUAUAGUAACUUAUCCUAUCAGUAAAAAGUGAAC